CGGUCUUUAUGCAACAUCGUGUUCAGUACACUGUGUACCACAUGGGUGUGUAGAGAUUUAACACAGUCAUCGUGCAGAGUCAGAGUCCUAAACCCGACCUGUGUGGCACACAGUUGUCAUGAAUGUGUCCCGCAUGGAGAGCAGUGCAUUCUGCGGUGCGGGAACAGAAUGUCCCCGCUGACCCUGUCCACUGUGUGGGUCCUGUGUGAGACACACGCCCCCUGCAGCACCGUCCUGCAGACCAGCACUGACACAGACAACUUCGCGACACCACCGUGCUCCUUGUCAGCAGCCAGUCUUCUUGGCUCCUCCAUGGCUCGGGCGGUCCAGUGAAGUGCAGCCGGGAGAAGAAGCGCACCUCAUGGCUCUCCUCUCCGUGAGCGCCGGGCCCUUCCGGAGCCGAGUGCGGUCGGUCCGGACGUGGAGCCGAGACUUGUUCACGAUCCCGGCUACUUUCCACUGCAGCGGCGCCCUGGAGGCGACGUCACUAAUCCAAAGGAAACAUGCAGGGCAUUAUCAACACAGAGUCUCGCUCACUCGGUUACUCAGCUCCAACAAACCACCAAGAGGUUUUGAAAAGUUUUUCCCAAAGAGGGAAGCGAGCGCUGGCGUCAACAAAUCAGUGGAAGAUGAAAGUCCCAAAGAGCAGGAGUUUCCUGGAGGCGACUCAAACAACGAUGAUGGCGAAAGACGAAGAGGAGGAAAAAAGAAAGAAUCACAUUGGUGGACGAGAUUUCAGGAUGAGUUCCCCUUGGAUAGAAAAGUGGUGCAGAACGUUGCCAUCGGUGCAGCAGGCAUGGCCUCAGCUUUACUCUACUUUUACUUCAGAGAGACGGGCGUCCAGAUCUUGUGGCAGGACUUUGUGCAUCACUACUUGAGCACAGGCUUGGUGGAUCAUCUGGAGGUUGUCAACAAACAGUACGUCAAAGUUUAUCCUGCAGGCGGAGUCAACACAUCGGAAGUGAGCUAUCUGUGGUUCAACAUUGGCAGUGUUGACUCGUUUGAACAUAACUUGAAGAUGGCAGAGCAGGAAAUAGGCCUGAACCCCCCCCACAAAGUGCCUGUGUUCUACAGCACUGAAAGCGAUGGGACACUUCUUGCCGGCGUUCUCCCAUCUAUAAUUUUGGUUGGAUUUUUGUUUUUUGCCAUGCGGCAGGGACCCAUGGCAGGUGGACGUGGAGGUAGGGGAGGAGCAAACCCCUUUAGCAUGAGUGAAUCCAAAGCCAAGAUAAUCACAGACAAUAUCAGUGUGCGUUUCAAGGACGUUGCAGGCUGCGAAGAAGCCAAACUGGAGAUCUUGGAGUUCGUCAACUUCCUGAAGAACCCCAGUCAGUACCAGGGCCUCGGAGCCAAGAUCCCAAAGGGUGCAGUGCUGUCAGGGCCACCUGGAAAUGGGAAGACGCUGCUCGCUAAGGCGACUGCAGGGGAAGCCAAUGUCCCCUUCAUCACCAUCAGCGGCUCAGAGUUCCAGGAAAUGUUUGUUGGUGUGGGCGCAGCUCGGGUAAGGGACAUGUUUGCCAAGGCUCGAAAAAAUGCCCCCUGCAUCCUCUUCAUUGAUGAGAUCGAUGCUGUGGGCAGGAAGAGAGGGAACUCUGGUGACCAGAGCGAGCAUGAAAACACACUCAACCAGUUGCUUGUGGAAAUGGACGGGUUCAACAGUAGCACCAACGUGGUCGUUUUGGCUGGAACCAAUCGAGCUGAUAUCCUGGAUCCAGCUCUGAUGAGGCCUGGACGCUUUGAUCGACAUGUAUACAUUGGCCCACCAGACAUUAAAGGAAGGGCGUCCAUCUUUAAAGUGCAUUUAAAACCUCUGAAGUUGGACUCCAGUAUAGAAGCAGAGGCUCUGGCCAGAAAACUAGCUGCACUAACCCCAGGUUUUACUGGGGCUGACAUCGCUAAUGUGUGUAAUGAGGCGGCUCUGAUCGCUGCACGACACCUCAACCAGCACGUCAACACGAAGCACUUUGAACAGGCAGUUGAAAGAGUAAUUGGAGGUUCCGAGAAAAAGACUCGGCUCCUGCAGCUUCCAGAGAAAACCACUGUGGCUUAUCACGAGGCCGGACAUGCUGUGACAGGCUGGUUCCUAGAACAUGCAGACCCUCUGCUUAAGGUGUCCAUUGUCCCCAGAGGGAAGGGUGUUGGUUAUGUCCAGUAUCUGCCUCAGGAGCAGUACCUGUUCACCCAGGAGCAGCUGUUUGACAGAAUGUGCAUGAUGCUCGGCGGCCGAGUGGCUGAGCAGGUUUUCCUCCGUGGAAUCACCACCAGAGCCCACAAUGAUCUCAGGAACGUCACGCAAUCUGCCUACGCACAGGUCGUACAGUUUGGGAUGAAUGAGGCGGUGGGUCAGGUCUCCUUUGACCUCCCUCAGCAGGGCGACAUUGUUACUGAGAAACCCUUCAGUGAACCCACAGCCCAGCUCAUAGACCAGGAGGUCCGCCUGCUCAUAGAUGCGGCCUUCCAGCGAACACUGCAGCUUGUCACUGAGAAGAAAGAAAUGGUGGAGAAGGUGGCAAAAUGUCUUCUGGAAAGAGAGGUGCUCGAUAAGGCGGACAUGGUGGAGCUGCUCGGACCUCGUCCCUUUCAGGAGAAGUCGUCGUAUGAGGAGUUUGUUGAAGGGCUGGGUGAAUCUGAAGAGGACACCUCUCUUCCUGAAGGGCUGAAGAACUGGAGCGAGAACAAAGGGAAUGAAAAGCACAAUAAAUCAGCCCUUUACUUGUAGCUGCCUCAAGCCAAAUAUUCCACUGGAUUCUGGUGAAUAUAACUGAAGUAAGUACGGCACCGUCUGGUCCAGCCUGCAGCCUGUCGGGACUCUAAACAUGCAAUUUUUAAAUUGUAGUUUUUAUAUUCCAGCAGGAAUUCCAAAAAAGUUCAUAAUCAUUAUAAUCCGGGGAAUUUAAACCAGUGAGCUAUAGCUCUCGGAACAGUGGACUUUGUAGCGUACGUUUCACCAGAGGUGCCUUCUGUUCCCCUGCUCCCACAGUCCGAUGCCGUCCUAUAGUGUGAUGACACUGAUAAACAUGCUACAGAACAACUGGGAGUCAUGGACAAGAGAGUUAUUGCGCUCAAGCAGAAAAAAGAAGAAGAAUUUAAAUAUUUUCUAAACCUCUGAAUGAUCUGAUGUUGUUUUGGUGAAGCUGCUGUUCUGGUAUCUUCACAUUUUAUUCUGAAGCUCAUUCUGCUUUUCCAGCCUCACUCAGUGCACGGGCUAUGUUCUUUAGCCUGUGGUAGAGAUUUCCCCAAGUCAAUUCAUCUAUGUAAUGUGAUGUAAUGAAGAAACAAUGUUCUUCUUCUUGUCUUUCUCAGAUGCAUUUGACUGUUUCCUUCACAUCAUUGUCUCAUGAAGACAUUCUUACUGUCUGAGUUGGGACUUUGUCUCAACUUAAAUACACCAAUGCAGUGCCUGUCGAGCUGGAGCACGACCUUCGGCCUUAACUGAUGUAAUCAGUGACCUAAUCAAUAGGUUGUGUCUCAUUUCAAGAGAAACCGUAGUAACAGAUUCUCUGUCAAUUUUCUGAGGAACCACUCAUCGAAAAAAACUGGAUUGGAAGACCAGUCGUUGAGAAAAUCGACUGACAGACAGACUCAGAGAGAUUUCUAAGUUUAUAUUUAGAUUAAAAGAUUUCCACCCCAUUCACAUCCUUCUGAAAACUGUCCCCAGCCUCGUUCUCAUUAACGUAAAGGCAGCUGUUAGAAGUCAGUUUCUGCUCAGACGUUAAAAAUAUUUUCACGUGUACUUAUGAGUUGUUGGUGUCUCGUAUGAUAAGAGUCACAUUAGUGAACCAAAGGUUGAUAUGUGAACUUUGUGCUGGAAACAACUGAGCUGGGCAUGAAUCAGAUACUGUCUUAGUGUUCUCUUUUUUCACAAUUGUCAUAUCACAGUCUGGUUAGGCUACAAUCAACGAUCAAACAGGAGGCAGUGAAUAAAGUAAAGGUUAAACUGUAUUUCCUCUUCUGGCUCACAGAAUAUUGAAACCGUUCAAAUUGUUCUUCUUCAGUAAAUCAUUCUUUCAGUCAGUCGUGGGUUAUGUUUGAAUGUUUUCCUAACUGGUGAGAUAAGCAAGCUGGGCUAAGAUAAGUGUUCAUGAAGCCUUGUCAUUGUCAUUGAGAACGACCCCUCGUUGGGCAGGUCACACACUGUUAACCAAAUGUUAGUUUCCUAAUUGUUGAGCCAGUUGCUCCUCUGCUGAGUAAACAGGUUUGAUAAUAAAAUGACUGGAACUUGUUCUUUCGUAAUGUGAGAAAUGUGGGCUCGUCUUUUUAAAAGACGUCGACCAGUGUGACGCUGGAACAUUUUGUCAUCCAAACAUCAGUGGACUGAUUUUUGUAUGAUAACCUUGAAAUUGUGUGUUUUCUGCCUGUUUGACAGUGCACGGUUUAUACUUGAUCGUUUUUUACAACUAUUGUCACUUCACUUUGUCACGGUUACUCUUGAGGGACAAUGUGAUUGAAAAAAAAAAAAAUGUAU